CCAAAUCACACCCUAACAAAUUUUUUCUUCUUCUCCCCAUCGUGAAUCGUCUGCCCUCGGCCGCAGCUUUUCUCAAUCCUCGACAAUGGUGACCGCCGGCAAGAAGACGAAGAAGACCCAUGAGAGUAUCAACAACAGGUUGGCUCUUGUGAUGAAGAGUGGAAAAUACACUCUUGGUUACAAGACUGUUCUCAAAACCCUCAGGAGCUCCAAAGGUAAGUUGAUUUUGAUAUCGAACAACUGCCCGCCGUUGAGGAAGUCCGAGAUCGAGUACUACGCCAUGCUUGCUAAAGUCGGUGUCCAUCAUUACAGUGGAAACAAUGUUGAUCUUGGUACAGCAUGCGGGAAGUAUUUCCGUGUUUCAUGCCUCAGCAUUGUCGACCCAGGUGACUCGGAUAUCAUCAAAUCAUUGCCUGGAGAUCAGUGAAAAGGGCAGUGAUACCAUACGAGAAAUAGAUCAACUACUUUAUUUCGUUUCUAGUAUUACUUCCAUUCUUGAAAUUUUGUCUUUGGGUUUCUUCGUCUUCGAACUAUAAUAUGAAUAUUUGUGGCUGAACCAAUUUUGUAGUUUUGUAUUUAACUUGAGAUUAUGUUUUAAGGUUUGAUUGGAGGUUCUUAAUUA